UUUCUCAGUAAUGACAAAAAUGAACUACAAAUUAAGAGACUUGCUAGUUGUUACCUUAUUCUUAGUGUUAAAAUACUUCUUUGAGCUAGUAAGCUUACUAAUAAUUAAUUUCGAAGUCAGCUACGUUUCUAGCAAUCAUAAAUACGUAAGAAUUUUUAACAAUAUGUUAUAUAUAUGUGUGUAAAAAAAAAUAUGUAAUAUAGUAAAUAUAAUAAAUCAAAAAUCUGUAA